CUUCCUCCACUGUCCUCCGUGUCUAGGAGCGCCGUUAAACCGAAAGCCUCUCGCCCAUGGCACGCGACUGAUGGGGUUCUGGCAUGCUUGAUCUGUUCCCAUCAUUAUAGUUCGUGUUAUUUUGUUGAUGACGGCGGAUCGAUCGGUUUGAUUGGCAGCCAUCUGGUUUAAACCACAGGAGAGAUUUUCACCAUCAUGCAGAAGGUGGAGGGACGGCCAGCCCCGGGCAGCAUAUCCUCCUCCUUGCGGGGUCCAAGUGCUCCUGGCUCACCCAGCAUCAUGGCCCGUGUGAAUGACGAAGUGGUGGAGUACAGGGAUCUUGCUGCUCUGCCCAGAGAUAAAAGUAUUCUACAGGUGGAGAGACCAGAUUUGAUGACCUACCAACCCCACCUCACCUUCUCACCGCUAGACGCGCCGCGUACGCCCCGUAGAGAGAGAUCCCUUUCUCCUUCCUCCAUCUCUCCUCCUCCCUCUCCUGAGCUGAAGGAGUAUAGAGAGGGGGGAGGGUCUCCAGGAGGCUCCACAUUGCAGCUCCGAAAGACAGCCACCCCUGUACAGCAACACUUCCACACGCCAGAUAAUGGUGCCAACAUCUACAAGAAGCUGCCAAAUUUUAAACAGGAGGUCAGCAAGCAGCACGUGAUGGCCAGCAUCAUCCAGUCGUCUAUGUUCCCAGCAGCUCAGAAACCAGACCCCAACCUGCCCUCAAAGAUAGAGACAGAGUACUGGCCUUGUCCUCCUUCACUGGCUACUAUGGAGAUCGAGUGGAGGAGGAAGAAGGAGGAAGAGGAAGAGGGGAAGGAUGAAUUUGAAGACCUGACUGAUGACGCCAAGACACUGCAGGAGCAGGAGCUCCACAAGAUCAAGUCUAACCUGGGCAGGCUGAUCCUGAAGGAGGAGAAGGAGGAGAAGGAGAAGGCUCUACUUGGCAUUGGACGCAGGAAGACUCAGUCACUGCCAGACAGAACGCACAUGCACACCAGUUCCUCCUUGAAGUCCUCCUCCCGCUCAGGUCUGACCAGGAUGCAGUCAGCAGAGUUCGCUAUAGAGGGGGAUCAGGGCAGAGCAGAGAAUGGAGAGGCACCGCGGGAAAGGAUGGACAGAGGAAACUCACUGCCAAGUAUGCUGGAACAGACGAUCUACCCAUAUGAAAUGCUCAUAGUCACCCAUAGAGGGCGCUGCAAGCUUCCGCCGGGCGUGGACCGUACCAGGCUGGAGAGACACCUUUCUCCUGAGGACUUUGAGCGUCUGUUCGGAAUGCCCAUUGCUGAGUUCGACCGCCUGUCGCUAUGGAAACGGAAUAAUCUGAAGAAAAACGUUCAACUUUUCUAGCAGGAAGUGACCUUAUCCGUCAGACAGGAAACAGGAACCGCUGCACUGCCUAACAAAGAAUACCACACAACACCAAACUAUCACUCCCUAACUAUCCAUUUCACAUACUAACUUAUCCUAUAUCAUAUCGUACACAUAUUCUUCUAUCUGUAUGUUCCUUCGUAUCCUUUAGUCACCACUAGCUUUACUAUAGAGCAUCAGUAUAGAGACAAGCCUGACCCUAACCAACCCUAUCAUUUGCAAUGAGAAUCUCCUAGUAUCUACUGCCUCCCUACCCCCAUACACAGACGCAACAGCCUACACACACAAUACAUAUUAUGGCUUUUAAUACUCAGAAACUGGAAAUAUUAUUUUCAUGAUAAAUCCAUGUACAUUAUCAGA